AUGGAUGGAGCCCUAGGCGUAGAAGCCAUCGCAAGCUGUGGCUACCAAUCGUCAGCUAUGGAUGGAGCCUACAAUGCCUCAUGCAAGUUCAUAGCAGCAUUCAACUAUAUAUUGACCUACUCUGGUGGAAAGAGGUAAAA